AUGGCGGAGUUUGGAGAGAACGACGGCUCAUCUCCAUCGAAUACUGGGGAUUUGGUGGCCUUUCCCAGUGAUAAAACAGACGGGAAGACGCAGUGCGAAGUAUCUGUCUUCAAUGGGGACUGUGGGAUACCGGCAGACAUGGUUGGAUCAGAAUCUGUCGUAACGUUACCUGACAGCCCAGGGCUUGAAACAGCCAACAACUCCUCUGUCGGAUUGGAUUCCAAAUCUGGAAUACCACGCAGGAGCAGCAUUAUAAAGGAUGGUUCCAGGCUGCGCAAAGAGAGGAAGAAGACGGUUUCCUUCAGCAGCAUGCCCACUGAGAAGAAGAUCAGCAGUGCGAGCGACUGCAUCAACGCCAUGGUGGACGGCUCGGAACUGAAGAAGGUCCGCUCCAACUCCCGCAUUUACCACCGCUACUUCCUCCUGGACGCUGACAUGCAGUCUCUAAGGUGGGAACCCUCCAAAAAAGAGUCAGAGAAAGCCAAAAUUGAUGUCAAGUCCAUCAAAGAGGUGCGGACAGGGAAAAACACAGAAACGUUUAGGACCAACGGAAUAUAUGAUCAGAUAUCAGAGGACUGUGCCUUCUCAAUCAUCUAUGGGGAGAACUAUGAGUCUUUGGACUUGGUUGCAAACUCUGCCGAUAUGGCCAACAUAUGGGUGACCGGGCUUAGAUACCUGAUAUCCUAUGGGAAACACACACUGAAUAUGAUUGAGAGCAACCAGAACAACAUGCGCUCCUCCUGGCUCGGUGACCUCUUUGAGGAGGCUGAUGCCAACAACAGCAAGCACAUCAGUUUAUGUGCUGCUGUUCAGCUAAUUAAAAACCUAAACCCUGGACUCAAAAACGUUAAGAUUGAACUCAAGUUUAAGGAGUUUCACAAAUCUAAAGAUAAGGUGGGAUGUGGUGUGACUAGAGAGGAGUUCAUUGAAGUCUUUCAUGACCUUUGCACAAGACCAGAAAUGUAUUUCCUUCUUGUCCAGUUCUCUAGCAACAAGGAAUUUCUAGAUACCAAGGACUUAACUAUGUUUCUGGAGGCUGAGCAGGGUAUGGCACAAGUAAGUGAAGACACCAGUCUGGAGGUCAUUCAGAGCUAUGAACCUUCGAAAGAGGGGCAGCUCAAGGGCUGGCUCUCCCUUGAUGGGUUUACCAAUUAUCUCAUGUCGCCAGAGUGCCACAUCUUUGACCCUGAACAAAAAACAGUGUGUCAGGACAUGAACCAGCCCUUGUCCCACUAUUACAUAAACGCUUCCCACAACACAUACCUGAUCGAGGAUCAGUUUAGAGGCCCCUCUGACGUUACAGGCUACAUCCGUGCCCUCAAGAUGGGCUGUCGUAGUGUAGAACUAGAUGUCUGGGAUGGACCAGAUAAUGAGCCUGUCAUUUACACUGGACACACAAUGACCUCGCAGAUAGUCUUCUGCAGUGUCUGUGACGUCAUCAACAAAUAUGCCUUUGUUGCAUCUGACUUUCCCCUGAUAUUGUGUCUGGAGAACCACUGCUCCUUAAAGCAGCAGAGGGUCAUGUUUCAGCACUUGAAAAAGAUUCUUGGUGAUAAGAUUUACAUGGAUCCACCUUCACCUGAGGACAGCUACCUGCCCUCACCCUUUGACCUCAAGUGUAAGAUCCUGCUGAAGGGGAAGAAGCUGGGCACGACAUGCAUUAGUUCGGAGGGCGAAGUGACUGAUGAGGAUGAGGGGGCUGAGAUGUCCCAAAGAAUGAACAUUGAACCCGAUGAACAACAGAGCAUCCCACUGAAAAAGUUCCAGCUGUCCAAGGACCUCUCUGACCUGGUAACGUUGUGUAAAUCGAUUGCGUUCAAAGACUUCCCAACAGCUUUCCAAAGCCAGAAGCACUGGGAACUUUGCUCGUUCAAUGAGGUCUUUGCCAGUCGCUGUGCCAAUGACUUCCCAGGCGACUUUGUUAACUACAACAAGAAAUUAUUGGCAAGAGUCUACCCCAGCCCAAUGCGGAUCGACUCCAGUAACAUGAACCCUCAGGACUUCUGGAAGUGUGGUUGCCAGAUCGUGGCAAUGAACUACCAGACCCCCGGCCUGAUGAUGGACCUAAACAUUGGCUGGUUCCGUCAGAAUGGGAACUGUGGGUAUGUGCUGCGACCAGCCAUAAUGAGGGAGCAGGUGUCAUAUUUCAGUGCCAACACUAAAGACUCAGUACCUGGUGUGUCUCCUCAGCUCUUGCACAUAAAAAUCAUAAGUGGACAAAACUUCCCCAAACCCAAAGGCUCAGGCUCCAAAGGAGAUGUUGUUGACCCUUACGUCUAUGUGGAGAUCCAUGGCAUCCCUGCUGAUUGUGCAGAGCAAAGGACUAAAACUGUCAAUCAGAAUGGGGAGAACCCACUGUUUGACGAAAGCUUUGAGUUUCAGAUUAACCUACCUGAGUUGGCCAUGGUGCGCUUCGUGGUGCUUGAUGAUGACUACAUUGGCGAUGAGUUCAUCGGCCAGUACACAAUCCCCUUUGAGUGUCUCCAGCCGGGAUUCCGGCACAUACCGUUACAAUCGCUAACGGGGGAAGUCCUUCCCCACGCCUGGCUAUUCGUCCAUGUGGCCAUCACCAACCGAAGGGGUGGGGGCAAGCCUCACAAGAGGGGACUGUCUGUGCGUAAGGGCAAGAGAAGUCGGGAGUACGCCACCAUGAGAGUUCUGGUCAUCAAGGCUGUGGAUGACAUCUUCAAGACAGCCAUACUGCCACUGAGGGAAGCCACCGACCUCAGAGAAAACAUGCAGAAUGCCAUAGUGCCCUUCAAGGAACUGUGUGGCCUCUCCGCGGUGGCCAACCUGAAGCAGUGCAUCCUGGCCCUGUCCUCCCGGCUGACGGGGGCUGACAACAACCCCCUCCUGGUGUUCAACCUCAAGGACCAGUACCCCACCAUGGAGCCCCAGGGCCAGCUACCAGAUGUCCUGAAGAAGGUGGUCACCACCUAUGACAUGAUGAUCCAGACCAGCAAGACUCUGCUGGAGAACUCUGAGGGAGCCUACGACCGAAUACUGCUAACCCAGAAAGCAGCGAUGGAGUUCCAUGAGAACCUCCAUGACAUGGCGGUGAAGGAGGGCCUGAAGGGCAGGAAGCUGGCCAAGGCUGUGGAGAGCUUCACCUGGAACAUAACCAUCCUCAAGGGCCAGGCAGACCUGCUGAAGCACGCAAAGAGUGAAGUCCAGGAGAACCUGAAGCAGAUCCACUACGCCGCCCUCACCUGUAACCUCAGUAAGGACGGGCCAUCAGGGAGCACGGCAGGCUCCGAGUCCAGGACCCGACCACGCAGCCUGGACGCCAUCCCCGAGAAAGCCACGGGGGAGGACGAGCUUUCUGGGGAGGACAACUGAAGGCUUAUGCCCUAAACCCUUCAUACCUCAAGCACCUUGCCCUACCCUAGUGGCACUCAUACACCCCCAAGCACCUUGCCCUACCCUAGUGGCACUCAUACACCCCCAAGCACCUUGCCCUACCCUAGUGGCACUCAUACCCCCCCAAGCACCUUGCCCUACUCUAGUGGCACUCAUACCCCC